AUGUUACGCCGCCGGACCUGGUAUAUAUCCAGACUCAAGAAAUAAAAGCGCCAAUUACACUUGUUUGAUGUACUUAUCUACACAUCAGGGACUAUGUGACUUGAUUGUACAUCCAUCGCACCUCAUCAAAGAAGACUAUUCUAAUAUUUUUGUUUUGUCACAUGAAGGAUCCGUUGAAAUAACUGUGGAGCAGACAAUAUUGUUUUCCGCUGAACAUUGGGAUAUUUUAUUUACUAAUAUUUAUAUUUUCAUCAUAACCAUGAACACUUCAAAUCUACAUAUUUAUGCGACGUUACUAUCGGGUAUUUUACUUCAGUACUUUAUGAGAUGGGUGCAUUCAGCAAGCCUUCCAUCCGUACCCCCACCAUCACACCACCAACCAGCAUCCCUACACACACUCCUUGAUUCCGUGCCUCCAACAAAUAGUACAGGUACUGACGAUGAACAGGAAAUAUAUGAAAAUGAAAAUGGUGCCUUGCAUAGAAUAAAGAGAAGUCGUACUAGGUGUAGAAGACAAACUACUGAUGCUCUACAAGAAAUGUUACAAGCAGCAGGGGCAAACACACUCUAUAUGGACAACAGUCCCCUAAAUUUCCCAAAUUUACUUUACUUCGCUUCAAACAAGACAUCAAAAAGCAGCAGAAGAUUAAGAAAGAGGGAUGUAGAAUCGGUUUUACACGAAGGCUCCCACCCAUCUUUACCCCAAGAACUUCAGGAACAAUUACACAACUCAUACGUCACACCACAGCAAAGAAGAUCGACCAGAUCGAUACGAAACUCAGUAGGUGAGAGUACUAUUGGAUACUGUGAAAAUAUGGGAGAACCAAAUGAUGACGGGUUUCUGCGUCUUUGCGGAGCAUGCAUGAUGACAACAGAACUACCAGAUAAUUAUUUCCCGCGGUAUCUUAACGAAGUUGUCUGCGACCCUCAACAGGCGACAGCGGGCUGUCUAUUAGGUACUGGAAGAUGCGCAGAUCGAACUUUUGAACUGAGCAUGCUCAGAAGAACGGAUGAGUGCGCGCCCCAAAGGAGUGCGACGGGCGGACGGCGGUACGUCGAACAUUGGGAAGUGGUAACGAGAAGUGUGCGCGUCGGGUGCGAGUGUGAGUUAAAUCCACAAUCACACUUAGCAGCGGCGCUGGUUGGAUCAUAACCAAUGGAUUCUACGCACACACUUUAUCAUCAUGCCCGCCAUUUUGUUUUGAAAGCAUUCCAGUUUAUUUUUGAUACUCUUCACCGUUAUUUAUAUAAAAAAUGAAUAAAUCGAAAGACUGAUGUAUAUAAUGAUUAUUGAUGAAAAUGUUAUUUAAAGAAUGCGUGUAAUACUUGUAUGAGAUUUUUAAAAAGCAAUUAAUGUUUUUGGUGAUGUCAAAUAUUUCAGAGUUGAAUUAAACAGCACACUUGACUUAUGCACGUAGCUGAUAUGAAAAUAAGCGGACGAGCAAGUCGCACAUGCCUUUAUAUGUUAACACAGCAUGAAUAUGUAAACGAUGUAAAGUCACAAUUUACCAAAAUUCAGGUUUUCUGUUUUCUUGCCAAAAUAAUUCAUCGGGAUGAUUUGACUAUCCAUAAUGUAAAAGGUGUGCUACGCACAAUGUGUAUUAAGCACAAUUUAACCCCAAUUCAGGUUGUCUGUUUUCUUGCCAAAAUAAUUCAUGGGGGUGUCAACAAAAUAAGCCUAAACAUACAAUGAAUCAUAAUUAUUAGCCUUUUCACAAUGCACAAUAUUUAUGCGACCAACUGACGAGGGUCAAAGUUAUCCACUGCAUUCCUAUUCAUGUUUUUACGUCGCAAGAAUUGAGUUGAUAUUCUUUUCUAUUUAUUUUUAGGAUAAGGGAAUAUUUAAGUAGCAAUUUCGACCACCCUGACAUGUUGCUACCAUAGAGAUUUGACUUUUUUAUCAUCUCUGAGAAUCAAUAAUCUUUAGAUACAGGUGUUUUUACUAACCCAAGACUAUCCAAAUAAGUAAUGACUUCCGUUUGUAUAAGCAGAAGUGUUUAUAUGUAAACAGUAUAUAAUUUAAAAUCAUAACAGAUGAUUAAACCCACCGGCCCGUUAACACGACAGUCAUUAAUCUAUUCUUUCUGGUAAUUUUGAUAUGGAUAUCUGGUUGAGUUGAAAGUCGAGUCUUUCAUUGUUUCCAGUGCUAUAUGUAUGUAUUAAUAUUUGAGAGCCAGUUCUCGGAAAAGAUAGAUGUAUGAUUGUAAGCUUAUGAUUGUUAUUUCAAAAUAACACUUAAUUCAAUUCAAAUAAAUAUUUAGCAUAUCUGCCUUUUCAGUUUCACUUGAAUAGCUAGCAUUUAGGGGUUUCUAUGCUUCAUUUCUGUUCAUUUUUGGCAUUAUUGAUAUUUUCUUACUAUUUUAUCUUGUGACCGAAUUCAGAAAUCCUGAUACUCUUUCAUUCAAAUUAUACGUAUUGCUCAUUCUCCCUUAUUUCCAUUUUCUAUCUAUUUUUCUCCAUCCUUCUUGAUAUUAAUUUUAUCGUAUUUGUCAUUUUAUACGUUUUCUAGUUUUCCUUCUUUUUCUUCUGCCCUUCCUUUAUCUUUUGUCCGUUUUUUGUAUUCUCCAUCAUCAUCAUCAUCCUCAUCAUCUCAUCAUCAUCAACAUCAUCAUCAUAUCAUCACCAGCACCACCACCACCAUCAUCAUCAUCAUCGUCAUCAUCACCACCACCACCAUCAUCAUCAUCAUCAUCAUUACUAUCAUCAUCGUCGUCGUCGUCGCCAAUACCGUGUACCAUAAUGGUAACAGUAUUUGUGAGCAAAUUGAUUAGAUUGGUUGGAUUCAUAACUUGAAGAACAAAAUAAUAUUGCGAUAACCAUUUUAAAUGUUAUUUUCCAAAAUAGACAAUGUUAAUAAAUUCGUAUCUUCUUAGAUGAAAUGAUGGUCAAAUUUGAUUGAUAGAAGACGGGUAUGUGACUGUUGCUUUUCUUCGAUCAACAAUUUAAUUUAUGAUAAACAUUUAUGUGCAAUGCCAAUAUGCAACCACUUUUCAAUUAUAACUUUGUAUCCACUCUGACAAAAUUGUGUCAGGCAAUAGAAUAUAUACUGGAAGUACUUCAUGCGAUUUCUGCUAUUCCCGACAGAAGGCAUUUCGCAUCAGAAACACAACAAAGCUAUUUAGGUUAAAUUUAAAAGCAGAACAGUAUCAAAUAUGAUUUAUUUUAAAAUGAUUGGUGAAUAAUCUCGUAUCUUAUGUCAGAUUUUCUUUCAAUUAAAUGCUAAUGAUUUUGAAGAUUCCGUAUUAUAUUCAUAUCAAAAGCUUGUUCAUACACUCUCAUCAUAUAAUUAUAUCAACCUACAACCUACGUCAUUCAUAAUGAAUAAGCGUUACUUUGGAACCGGCUUGGCUUUUAGCUUUAUCUUUCAUUUCUCGUAAACGAGUUCUAUACAAUAGAAAGUCAACGUUAUUGAAACAUAAUGAUUAAACUUAGAUGUUUACUCUCUUCGAUUUAUUGUUUAUGUGAGUUAAUGUAUUCAUUAUGCUCGAGUUACCAAACCGAUAUUGUAUUCAGGUCGUGCUUAAAAAACACCUUUUAAUCGGAUAAAACAGGGAAGAUUUUAGUUCGAAAUACAUCGGUAUUUAUUCUGAAUUUUUGCGACAGGUUUUUUGUAAUGUACAUUGUAUUCGUAUUUAUGUAUGCCAUUCACACUAUUUAUUUAUUGAAUGUAAAUUUUACAGUGCAAGCGUUUCAAAAUUUUCUUGCCAUGAAUAAAAAAGUUAUUUAUUGAACACAAUUAUAGUAUGUAUGUGCCGGGGCGUAUUUGGCGUUCCUGCUUCCACGUUUACUGCAAGAAUGGUAACAUGGAGGGAGAGGGGAGAUUCUAACUUAUUGAAAUAAAAAUGACAAAGGU